GAAAAGCUCGCGGCGGUGCGCGCGGGCGUUCAGUAGCCUACUCAGAUCCUGCUCGAGAACAUAAGUCUGGCAAGGCUUUCAGUAAAGUAGACUGUUAGACAAAUCAAUUAAAGCUAUAUUAUUACACUACUGCUGUUCAUUUCUGUGAGGUUAUGGGCAGGGCACCACUGUGAGGGAGUGUUGAGCAGUAACGUUAGGACUUGUCGUUUUAUCAUUAUCCACUGACAUAAUGAUGAAGAAGGAUAUUCACUCGAGCCUGACGGACGAGGCAAACCUCAAACCGCAUCUCCGCGACGCCGAAGCCAUCCUAGGCUCUCCGGACCUGGGGCUGCUCAAACUGGCCUCCCCGGAGCUGGAGAGGCUUAUCAUCCAGUCCAACGGUAUGGUCACUACGACACCAACAAGCCCCCAGUUCCUCUACCCGAAGACGAUAACGGACGAGCAGGAGUUCGCUGAGGGCUUUGUGAAGGCGUUGGAGGACUUGCACAAGCAGAACCAGCUGAACGGAGCCGGGCAGACGAACAGCAGCCUGGAUCUGGGCGCUAACAUCGCCCCGGUCACCAUCCAGCCGGACCUACCGGUGUAUACGAACUUGAACAGUUACGGUAUCGGGCCAAUGGAAACCACUGUCAACUACUCCACGGACACAGUCCCUUUCCCGCCUCCUCCUUCGCAUCAUUUGGGGGCAGCCCCGCCGGAGCUGUCUCGGGUCCAGCCACCGAAGGAGGAGCCUCAGACGGUCCCCGACGUUCAGAGCUUCGGGGAGAGCCCGCCGCUGUCUCCCAUCGACAAUGACUCACAGGAGCACAUGAAAGCCGAGAGGAAGAGGCUCAGGAACCGGAUUGCAGCCUCCAAGUGUCGGAUGCGCAAACUGGAGCGGAUCUCGAGGCUGGAGGACAAGGUCAAAUCGCUGAAAAGCCACAACACCGAUCUGGCCUCAACGGCUAGCCUGCUAAGGGAUCAAGUGGCGCAGCUGAAACAGAGAGUCCUCAACCAUGUCAACAGCGGCUGCCAGCUGCUACCACACGAAGUGCAGGUGCACUAGUCGGAAGGACAGACCUGCUCUUGGGCUACCGACCAGCAUAUAAGCUUCAUGGACUUUCUUAAUGUUGGUAUUUCUGUAUGUAUAGCGUAGCCCCGAUGUGUGCUGUUCCCAGUGAAAGUAAUGCAGCCCACGUAGGCCAAAUGUAGGCUAUUAUUAAUUGGUUGAUGGUUUUGAGCAUCGGCCAUAUGUAAAUAAUAGGAUAGGCUAGAACCCAAUUCAAGAUAAAUGGUGAUAACGAGACUCUUCAGCAGUAUUUGGGCAACAGAUUAUAGGAUACAUUUUAAUUCGUAGGCUAUAGUAGCCUAGGCCUAAUUACCAGGAUCCACCUUCCUCCACAGUCGCCUCCACCCAACGGAGAGCACAAAUCAGAAGUAGACCUAUUAGUCAUUGUUUUUUGGAUUUAUGCCGAAAUUCAGAGCCUUUUAACAUGGUCGAUGUAUGGAAUCCUGUUCUACCUCGUAUAUUGUAUUGAUGAACAAAGCUGCAUCAAACUGCAGUUUCCUUUAAUGGACUUUGGCUUUGGGCUUUCCUGAUGAGAGAAAGAGGCAGCCAUUAUUGGUUAUAUGCAUUGUGCUCAACUUUAAUGACAGAAAGCACAAAAUUAGAAUCCUGUAAAAAAUGUAAAAAUGCCGUGUCUGUAUAAAGUUUCAAACAUGGACCAAACAGAUUUAUAAUAUUUCUCCAAACUUAAGCUAAUAUUAAUAUAAUAUUUAUGACACAGAUACCCUGAAUAUAUUAGAAAGUGGCUGUAAGAAAAAAUGCACAUACACCCACAUUUGAUAUGUAAAAUAUGACCUAGCUUAGACCGUUUACCAUUUAUUUAUAGGGAACAAUUUGCAUGAUGUUUACAUACUCGAAUGUUGCCCACAGCUGGGUGUCAAAGGGUGCAAUUAAUCAGUGUUUAUAAUCUUUACUCUUUACAAACACAUGUUUUUAUCUAUUUUUUACUCUACUGUGUCCCUAUUUCAUUGUGUUCUUGUUUUAAUGUGAAGAACGUAACCUUUUUCGUUGCACUGACUGUUGCUGCCAACUCAAGCCUACAGUUGUUUGGCUGUAUGCUGCUUUGUCCUGAAUUAAAUGCUGCUCGGCAAUAAACACUGUUUCCUCCA